GCAUUGUAAAACCAAAAACUGUGAUGGUAUUAGGAUUACGGCAAAUCUACCCGUCUAUUAGCUGCGGCCACUUUGAGAAACAUUUUGGGCACCAAAACAUUGGCCGAUAUACUCAGCGAAAGGGAAAACAUUAGUGUCGGUGUUCGGCGCCUAUUGGACGGCGCGACCAAAUCGUGGGGUGUAAAUGUGGAAAGGGUUGAACUGAAAGACGUGCGACUGCCGGCCAACCUUCAGAGAUCAAUGGCGGCGGAGGCCGAGGCCGGGAGGGAAGCCAAGGCUAAGAUCAUUGCCGCGGAGGGCGAACAGAAGGCGUCGUUUGCAUUGCGCGACGCCUCCCAAAUACUGGACUCAGACCCGACAGCCCUAACGCUCCGGUAUCUGCAGACUCUGACCAACAACGCGUCCGAACGGGAGUCGACUAUAUUGUUCCCGAUUCCCAUCGAUAUGUUUGAAAACUUUGGCCAUCCUUUAUAUGACGAGUUCACGAAGAAAAUAUAACUAUUGUUACACUCGUGUUGUUAUAUUAAAUCAAUGCCUGUUUCCGAUCAUCACUUCCCAAAUGUUGGGUUGUUUUUGGUUUGAGUUUUUUUUAUUUUGUU